AAAAUGGUAUGCUUGGCCAAUGACAAUGCUUAAUGAUCCAAAAAUGUCACAACAAAGAAUUGAGUUAGCAAAAUGCAUCUCUUUUGUUUAUGUCAUUGAUGAUAUCUUUGAUGUUUAUGGGACUGUUGAAGAAUUAACCCUCUUCACUCAAGCUGUUAAUAGGUGGGAAUUAUGUGCCAUGAUGGACUUACCAGAAUACAUGAGAUCAACUUAUAAGGCUCUUUAUAAUACCAUUAAUUCCAUUGGUUACAAUAUCUACAAAAUUUAUGGACGAAACCCCACUCAAAAUUUGCGCAACCCGUGGGCAAAUUUAUGCAAUGCAUUCCUAAAAGAAGCAAAAUGGUUUGCCUCUGGGGAGUUACCAACAACAGAUGUGUACUUGAAGAAUGGACUUGUUAGUUCUGGAGUUCAUACGUAUGAAAUAGUUUAA